AUGAAUAAUCUCUCGACUCUGUCUACCUUUCUGCUGCUGGAAUUCUCAGAAGUCCGAGAAUUACAGCUCUUACAUUUUUUUGUGUUCCUGUCAUUGUACCUGACAGCAUUAAUAGGAAAUCUUAUCAUAAUCAUUACAGUAAGCCUUGAUCACCAUCUACACAACCCCAUGUAUUUCUUUCUGAUUAAUUUGGCCAUGCUGGACAUUGGGACAGUUUCAGUCAUGGUGCCCAAAUCCAUGGCUAUGUCCCUCAUGAAUAGCAGGUCAAUUUCCUAUUCUGGCUGUGUGGCCCAGGUUUUCCUUUAUCUCUUCUUUGCAGCAACAGACCUUGCCCUCCUAACUAUCAUGGCACACGAUCGCAACGUGGCUAUCUGCAACCCACUGCACUAUGAGAGAAUUAUGCACAAAGGAGCCUGCCUUCAGAUGGUAGCCAUUGGGUGGCUCAGUAGUCUUCUUUAUGCCAUCUUACAUACUAGCAGCACAUUUACAAUCACUUUGUGCUCCAAUAUUGUGCAUCAGUUCUUCUGUGAAAUCCCACAGAUAUUAAAGCUGUCCUGCUCUGACUUGUACCUCGUGGAAGUUGGCCUUCUUGUAUUCAGCUGUGGAAUAACAGCUGGAUGCUUUACCUUUAUCAUUGUAACAUACAUGCAGAUCUUUUCCACAGUGCUCAGAAUCCCUUCAGUACAUGGUAAAAAGAAAGCCCUCUCCACUUGUCUUCCCCAUCUAACUGUAGUCUCCAUAUUUGUAUUCAGUGGCAUCUUCAUCUAUGCAAAGCCUCCCAGUGGUGUUUCUUCUGAUCUAGACAUAGCUUUUGCUGUGUUAUACACAAUCAUUCCUCCCAUGUUGAAUCCAUUCAUCUAUAGCAUGAGGAACAAAGAGAUCAAGGCUGCCCUGUGGAAACUUUUCAGAUUUGGAGAUUUGCUCUGA